CACACACCUAGACACUUGUCACAUUCACAUAAACACACACCUUAUACACAUUUCACGCACGCACCCUCCCUCUUCAAGGCACCCUGUGCGACCUCUCACCAUUGGCCAAAUCCCGGAGCCCUCAGCAUCUCCAUCACGGCUGAAGGGACCAUUCGGGAAAGCAGGAGACAGAGGUGGACUAUGAGGAUGUUUGUGCAGCUCGUAUUCGGACUCUUCGUCCUCAAAGCGGCAGUAGCCAGCCCCAGAUUUUCCCGACAGCUGGACUUAGACACAUACAACAGCGCUAACUAUGAUGUGGAGAAUGAGGAGAACGAGUAUGACUAUGAUGAUGGAUUAACAACUGAUGACUCUCAGGCAGAGAUUGAAACACUGGCUCCCCACUAUAACUAUCCUGAACCUGGGGAGGAAGAGCUGGAGGAAGAGGAGGAGCAGGAGGAAGGAGAAGAAGAGCAGCCUCUAAAAGCCCAGCUUGUCCCUCAGGGUUCUGGGGGAUCUGGCCUUCUCAUGGGUCCAGACACACAGAAAGAGGAGGAGCUGUUUCCAACCACACCAGAAACCCCUCAGGAGGGGGCUGGCAGUCAGGAAGAGAUUGAGAGCUCUGGUUUCCCAGAGCCUGAACAGCCAGAGAAGCCUGAUGAGCCUGAGGUUGACAUAUCAGGUAUGCCCACUUGCUUGCUGUGCACAUGCCUCGGGGGUUCAGUCUACUGUGAUGACUUGAAGCUGAACAGCGUACCACCUCUGCCCAAAGACACCACUCACUUCUACGCUCGCUACAACAAAAUCACCAAGAUCAACAAGUCCGACUUUGCUUUCAUGAACAAGCUGAAGAGGAUCGAUUUGACUGCGAAUGAGAUCACAUCCAUCGAGGAUAGAGCAUUCAUUGGUCUACCCGAGCUGGAGGAACUUGUGAUGCGAGAAAAUUACAUCUCACAGCUGCCAUCUCUUCCGGAGACCAUGACCUUGAUUGAUGCCAGCCACAAUAACAUCGGUUCAAAGGGUAUUCAUAAAGAGGCUUUCAAAGAUAUGACUGGCCUGCUGUACCUGUACCUAACAGACAACAACAUUGAUUAUAUCCCAGUGCCUCUACCAGACAGCCUGCGAUCUCUACACCUACAGCGUAACAAUAUUCAAAUGAUGCACGAGGACACAUUUUGCAACCUGAACGAUUUCAACUACAUCAGGAACGCACUGGAGGACAUCCGUCUGGACGGCAACCCCAUCAACCUCAGCAGGACCCCGCAGGCUUACGUCUGCCUGCCACGUAUACCAAUCGGGGAUCUCAUUUAACCACACUUGGGCCGACACUCUUGCACACAAGUACAACCACAUGCACACAUAUUUGUACAUACUGACACAGACUUAUAGUAUAUUCACCACUCAAA